AUGUGGCCUUUUAUGCAGUCAGUAAGUGGGAUUGACAUAUGUAAUAGUAUAAUAGUACUCGCGGUUGUACUAUUAUACUAUUAGUCUGUCGGGAAAAUAAUGAGCAUUCUGCCGCAGCGAAAAUCGCAUCGCCGUCAAAUCUGCAGCCGCGGUUAGCAAGCGGUGACUGGCGAUUUCGAAGCGCGAGAAAUCCACAUUUUCCCGACAGAAUACUAAUUUCGGUUUGUCGGGAAAAUAAUGAGCACUCUGUCGCAUCGAAAAAUGUCAAAUGCACGGUGAAAAAUGGGGAUUUUUGCGGUCCGUCGGGAAAAUAAUGUGGAUUCUUAAGGCCUUGAAAUUGCCUAUCACCACUUUGCGACGGCUAGCCGUGACUAGAGAUUGCGCGACUAUGGCGAGGCGACACAUUUUGCCACGGCAAAUCCACAUUAUUUUCCCGACAAUAUGAUAUAACAAACCGUAUUGUAAUUUCUUUUAGGCUGAUCCCCAAUGCACCGAAUCAUUUUUUGGCUUCAUCGUCGCCGCGUAUAGCGUUGGCGGCAUUCUUACAACACAAUUUUUUAGUCGCUGGAAUUUCAAGUCCAGCUCGUUGAGAAGUCCGCUUAUCACGGCAGUUGGAUGUUCGAUAGUCGGGAACAGCGUGUAUUUUGCCAUUCCAUUGUUUCCUCUCGAAUUUAGAAAGUGGGCAAUGCUGGCUGCGAGAUUUGUCGUUGGAUUUGGAGACAGUAGGUUUUAAUUUCCAACAUUUCAAUAAUACGCUUCGGUACGAACGUAUACCCACCUCAUGGAAAAUUGCAGUAUCUAAAGUUUGUAAGAGGUAUCAAAAAACGGUUGACGCCAUUCCAUUCGAAAGAUCAUGUCGAAAAACCUAUUCCCGCAUUGGAAUCAGCCGGUGCGAAAGCACUACAAUGACGGACCUGAUUCGUUGGCCAAACACGUACCAUUUUGCAUCCGGGAAGUACCAAAAAUGCAGCAAAAUACCUCCGUCUUCAAGUGAGAAACUCCGAUUUAAAAGGCGCGCCCACUCAUCUUGUAAGACAAAGGGCGCGCAGUUCAAAACGGAGUUUUCUUGGUUGGAGAGGGAGGAAUUUUGCCACAUUUUGGAUACUUUCCGAAUGCAAAAUGAUACGUUUUUUGCCACUGGAUCAGGUCCCUCACUGUACGUGAAUAAUGUGCAAUUGAAAUGAAUUUAUAGGUUUUCCGGCCCUUUCAAAUGGCAUUAGCCGUUUUUUUGAUACCUCUUACCAAACCUUAGAUACUGCAAUUUUCCAUGGGGUAGUUCUCGUAUACUUCCGCAACGAAGUGUAAAUGACAUUUCAGACAGUCUCCAUCUUCUGCAUGGCUAUGUCUGUACGGCGCCACGAGCAGAAGACCGACCCAAGGCGUUGGCGAUUCUGACCGUUGGCUAUGCGUUGGGCAUGGUGUUCGGCCCGCUAACUCAAUUGGCCGUGAAUCCGCUGGGAACAAAGCAAAUCAAGAUUUUAGGCCAACUGUAUUUCAACAUGUUCACAGCGCCUGCUGUGGUUGCCGUGGUUAUAGGUAAACUGUUUAAUUUUAUUAGGGUGUCCCAUAAGUCUUGCAAAUUUUUGGGUCGUCGAUUUGUGCGAAUUCUUGUAAGCUUUGAAACGCAUUAUGGAGUAUGUUGGAUAUACUGUUCUGAAGCUCAGAUAAAGGGCUUCUAAAUUGUAUAUGACAAAGCCACAUAAGGUCUACCUCCUACCCACACUGCCCCGAUAUUAUAGUAGACAUUAAGAAAAAUUUUGCUUGCUGAUUUUAAAAUAGAUAUAUGCUUUGUACAAAUAGAUCUGUUGGCCCACUAAACGUGAAAAUAGGACGCGUGAGAGCUUUGGAUCUUAUUAUAGUCCGCGCUGCGAUACAGGCAUGGGUACUUUUGUGGUGGUUUGACCAACAUGAAAACUGUUGCACUCAUGUUUUUCUGACCUGGUUUUCCGAAGGUAGAAAGUGUUGGCCGUAGAUGUGCAUCGUGUGUAGUCUACGCUUACUUGUGAACAUAAUGCGGCUAUAUUUACCGCAUGUGUCACUCUUUUGCCCUGAGAUAUACAAAAUUUAAAAAUUUUCCCGAUUAUUUUUAAAAUUUACGAAAAAAUUUCAAAAUAGAGUGUUUUUUCAGCACCUAGCACCGCUAUUUCAAAAUCCUCUUGCUACGGUAAAAUACAUAUGUCACUGUUUAGAACACAGUGCACUACAAUGUUAUUUGUACUCAUGACAACUUUUUUGGUGUUGAGUAAAUGCACCUCAUUUUUUCAAAUUUUCUUGGGUCAGUGGUAAUUCAAAACAAGGUAGCCAACGGAUCCUUACUUAAAACGCAUAAAUCUAAUGCUAUUUUCAUUAUGGUAACCGCGCGACCUGAGAAACCACCCUCAAAAAAAUUUUAUACGCAAAAGUGUGUACAUCGUGAUAUUCACCAUGACGCCUAAUACAAGGAACGUGCAGGACAGCGUCAUAAGCACUAAUUCAGUGGAAAGCGCCGCUUAUUUAGAAACAGAGCACCCAGUAGAUUUAUUGAAAAGUGUGGUUGCAAAGGUGCAGCCUCACUUACCAAAGAACGGGAUCGCUUUACUAACGCUUCCCAAAACUGGAUGAUUUUAAAGAAUGUUAAGUAUUUGCCCGGAGGCCACGUGGUUAGUUAAAAUUUUUAUGCUGUUAACAAGUGUAAAGGAUGGUGGUUCUAACAGUACCAAACAUUAAGGAGUCAGUUCUCUAGGCCCCCGAAAUGAGACGUUCAUUCUUAAACCCAAAAAUUUGCAAGAUUUAUGGGACACCCUAAUAGAUCGAAAUACAGGGGAAUCGGGAGGUCCGAUUAAGUGGCAGCUUUUAGUGCCAUCAAUAAACUAACUAAAUCGUCUUUCUUUUUCCUCUUUCGGUUUGUCUUCCGGGAACUCGCGGAAUUCGGUGAAUCCGACGUAUAAACAUUUCUGGAGCAGAAUCGUUUCAGGUCUCCUAACCAUCGUCAUCACUCGCUUUUUCUUCACCGAAAUCUACGCUGGAAUCGAAUCAAAACAAUCGGAAUCCGCGAAAAAUCUAGAGCCUCCGAACAAAAUCGCCUUAGCGCUCUGUUUUACCGGUCGUUUCGUCCAGUUUUUUACGUUCGCCUGUCUCGAGGCCAUUGGCGCCUCCUAUGUUGAGACAAUUUUUGCCGAAACGAAGGAAAAUGUGGUGCAAUUUUUGGCCAUCACCAACAUUUCAACGGCCUUGGUGGCUAUGGCAGUUUAUUUUGGCUAUAUCUUCUGCCAGUUAGGACAAAGGUAAAAAUUUUUAGGAAAUUUGACUUCCUUUUUCGGCUAUUAUAUUAUUUGUAAACCAUAAAAAGAACCUCUGAUUUCAGAGUGGUCGCUAGAAAGGUUGUGAUUCUGGCACUGAUCAGCUUUGGGCUGUUUUAUACUACCACCUUUUUAUGGCCGUUUACCAACGACACGAUCAAAAUCUAUUCAGAAAAUGACACAGGCUAGUUUUUUGCUUCGUAUUUUACCCAAAAAUCCCAUUUUCGCUCAAUUUGGGCAAAAUCAAGUUUUCGUGGCGGGACCCGAAAUUUUGAAAAAAUCGUUCUAUCAAAGAUUUGGUGGUUUGUAACACCUUCUAUACCAAGUUUUAAAUCCACUUUCACCCGAUUUCGGACAAAAUCAAGUUUUCGUGGCGGGACCCAAAAUUUUGAAAAAAUCGUUCGUUCAAAAAAUUUGUGAUUUCUAACGCCUUCUAUACCAAAUUUUAAAAGAAAAAAUACGAAUUUCGUUAUUAAACCAGUUACCCAACCACUGCAGAUCAACUUGGCUGCAAUAGAAACCGAUUUUCUUGGUGCGACUCGCUUCCCAAGUCCAACAAAUGGAUCUACUUUUCGGCAUUUGUCCUCUUUGUGGGUCUAGGUUGGCCUAACAUGGUGGUGUGUCUGGGGAAUGUGCUAUCGUCAGUGAUCGGCCCGAGGAAUCAGGCCUAUUACCAAGGGAUUUUCCAGGCGUGCGCUGGGGCCGGACGCCUUUUAGCGCCGAUUAUUAUGAGGUAAAGUGGUCCAAGAUUAUUAGACAUACUUUUUAGGGUAAUUUCCCAAAUUACUGACCAUCUUUCAGCUCAAUCUAUCACAAUUUUGGACCUCGAUUUGUGUGGAGUAUUGAAAUCGCAAUGCCUUUGACAAUGGCCUUGAUUUUCACCGUAUUUUACCGGCAUUUAACUCCAUUGCAAAUCGAAAAAAAUCACGAAGAACUCGAUGGGACAUCAGACACUGCAAUCACAUCAAAAAUAACAACAUAG